UCCGUGCGCUGCAAUAUUAAACUUUCCCCGAGCUCGGGACUUCUCGACGUCGGCCUCAUUUUGUUCAACACGUGCACCUCCAAUCUGUCCUUCAUCCCCUCCUCUCCAUCCACUCUUCUCCCCCACAACCUCCUUAUUAUUGGAGAUCUCGUGAAGCCCUCGGGAAUAGCAUCAGCGCCUGCCCUGGGCGACAGCGUGUGCGCCAUCCCUCAGGCGUAUCUCCCUGCGUCCGAGUCUCAGCUGCCUCCUCGACACUCUCCUUCACCGCAGCUCCCCUUCGAAUCGUCCCUCUCGGCACCAAUGUGGCCGAACAGUGCCCACCACACCAUCCCGACCGCUUUCCUCACCUCGUAGGCGGUAGAGUUGGUCUGAGGGACCGCCGCCGCCUGUCCGGGGCGAGGGCUCCUAGCCCGGCAUGAACCACAUGUCGGCGGGCCUGGGCCCGCACAUGCCACCCGCACAUCCCCAUUCGCGCCGCCAGCAGGAAUACCAUCACUACCAUCAUCCUGUACAGCCGCAAUCACCUAUCCAUCCGGCAUAUCCCCCAUAUCCUCAACCCGGCCCGUACUACCCUCAUCCAGCCGCGCCACCCCAACACUACCCUCCUCCACGAUGGCAGCCCGCAUACGCCCCGAUGCAGGCCUACUACCAGCCUCCGCCUCCUCCCCUGCCGCAACAACCACUCCCUCACCAGCAGGUGCCGCAGUACCAGCCUCGCUCCCCGAUGGUGGUGACUUCCCAACCCUUUCAACCCUCGGCCACUCCUGUCACGCGACACACUCCGGCUCCUCCCCAUCCACCUCCGCCCACCAAGACUGCGCCUUCUCCGCACCUCACUACCGAAGCUACGCCGCAACGGAUAGCAUCCCCAGUCGCACCUCCAUCGCCCAUACACACCCCGAAUCACGAGCAAGAACAACCCGUGCAUGAGAGGGAGGCCACACCUUCAGAGCCGGUCACUCGGCGUCAGUCGACCUCGGUCUCGAUAGCACCAUUCGAAAGGAUGCCCUUCUAUCCUCCUCUUCCUUGGUAUUCUACGCCAGAUGCUACAUUUCCCCCAAGGUCGGCAAGACGUCGUAGAAGACGGCAGGUCACUGAAGACGCGGUCACCAUCUUCCCCGCCUCGGCAGAACCCCUCAGCCAACAAGAUGCGGUCGAGCACGAAGGUCGCGAGCCGACUCCAGACGAAGCGGCUUCCGAGGUAUCCACAAUUGCUGCGCCGUCGGAAUUGGAGACGCCAGCGACUUCACAGGCUCCGUCGGAGCGAGACUAUCCGCAACACUCCACCCCCAUCGUUACAACUCAGCCUGAGCUUUCAUUGCCCAAACCGGCCCCGCAGCCAUCGCAGCAUAUUCGACGGGACACUCGCACCGCGAUCGCCAUCCCCAACCUCCCGGGCUUCAACAAGCCUAAGCUCUCAUCUCCGGCCAUCGCCGAGGCGUCGGAACGAAAGUCCACCCCUUCUGAACUGUCUACACCCGUGAUCGAGGAGCAGAAGCCCAGUGCUAGUGGAGGAGAUGGAUCCGCGGAAGAAGCCACUCCGGCACCGUCGCCGCCAUCAAAGCCUGCACCCAAGUCAUGGGCCGACCUGGUCAAGCGGAACGCCGUCUUGCCAUCGUCUUCGAGCGUACCCAACGGCGGUGUCAUCACGAGCGGUGUCACGCUUCCAAGCAACGCAUCAGCCGCCGAUGCACUCAAGCAGUACAGCGUGCAGAUCGACGCAAAGCUCUCAUUUCUAGAACCCAGAGGACUGGUGAACACCGGGAACAUGUGUUAUAUGAACUCUAUCCUUCAGGUCCUCGUUUUUUGCGUACCCUUCUACAACUUCCUAGACCAGAUGCGCCUCCGGACUGUACACUCCAUGAAAAGUGAUACCCCCUUACUCGAUGCAAUGAUUAUGUUUAUGAAGGAGUUCCGCGUGAUGGCUUCGGCAGAGUCGAGCGACAUGCUGCGGAUGCUGCUCAGCCAGCAGCAACUCGAACAGUAUGGGGAGCCGGUGACGCCGGAGUAUGUCUACGAUGCCAUCAGGAAGCUGGACAGAUUCGUCAGCAUGAGGCGUGGGCAUCAACAAGAUGCGGAGGAGUUCCUUGGAUUCUUGCUCGAAGGAUUGCAUGAUGAGUGCGUGGCUGUCAUGCGUGGCCAGACUGUCGACAAAGCAGAGGAGAAUGGGGUCACUUCUCCCACGUCCGAGGUGUCUCUAACAUCCGCCGACGGUUGGUUCGAGGUUGGCCCCAAACAGAGAGCAGCCGUUACCCGCACCACUGGCCAACAAGACGCCCCAUCGCCCAUCACAAAGAUCUUCGGCGGGCACUUGCGGUCAGAGCUUCGUGUGCCGGGCUCGCAACCAUCGGUCACGCUGGAGCAGUACAAGCCUCUCCAGCUCGACAUCGGAGCGUCGAACGUCAACAAUAUCGUCGACGCAUUGAAAGGUCUGACGCGCACCGAAGCUCUGACCGGCGACUUUGGCGGCCGAUCCAACUCCGCCAAGAAACAAGUCUUCAUCGACAGCCUCCCCCCGGUCCUCAUUCUGCACCUCAAACGCUUCCAGUACGACAACAACCUCACCGGCACGCAGAAGAUUUGGAAGAAGGUGGGCUACCCGCUCGAGUUGGAAAUACCCCGCGAGGUCUUCCAGCCGACCAAGCGUGGCGGUCUAGCCGUCAAAGGCGGUCCGCCCAAAUACCGCCUCACCAGCGUCGUCUACCACCACGGCAAAUCCGCCGCAGGAGGCCACUACACCGUCGACGUCCUUCGCCCCGACGGCCGCGAAUGGAUCCGCAUGGACGACACCGUCAUCCGGCGCAUCCGGCCCGAAGACGUUGCCGAAGGCGGCGCAGAAGAGGAUCCCAAACUCCUCGCCCGCGCGCUAGAGCAGCACAAAGCAGACCAGGAACUGCAGAAGCAGCGCAACAUUUACCAAGGGCUUGAUGAAGCAGAGCACGACGCCGAGGACCGCGAGAAUGACAAUGCGCCUUGGUCGGAGGUUAACGGUCAUGUUCCUGGCCAUAGUCGCAAGUGGGCUUCUGUCGCUACGACCACCGGCUCCGUCACGCCUAGCAACACGGGCAAGAAGACGCCUACGCCCGCUACGGCGAGGAAGGAGGGCGUGAGGGAUAACAAGGUUGCCUACAUUCUGCUGUACGAGCGGAUGAGGGGGUGAGAGAGUGAUUGACGAAGGUGAGGCGAGCGUGCUGUGGCCGAUAAGGUGGUGAACAAGUCGUUUCCUCUGCAUUAGCGAUGGGGAACACAUGGGCGAGGGAGGGAAAAAGCGCAAUUCUUCUGUUCUCUCUGUCGCGCGCAAGCUGAGCGGCGAUCGCUUUCCGCGCUGCACCGCUUGUGUGCGUUCGAUUGCGCUUCUCACUUCCAUGCCUUGGGAGGUUGACUUGACUUCUGUGCACAAGGUAUAGAUAACUUUGUCCAAAUAUUGCACAUCAUCUCAUCUAUUCUCAAAUGUCGACUGUUAGGCGAUCGAGGAGUCGAGGCUAUCAGUGCACCCCGAUAUGAGCCAGCUUGCGCAGUCAAGUGAAGAUUUGAAACCAG